AUGAAAAUUGCUGCUUUUAACGUCCAGAGGCUGGGUAAGAAAAAACUUGAUGACCCCGACACAAGAAGGAUUCUCAUGAAGGUAACUCAGAACUCAUCUUUGACAUCGAUGUGCCGUCCACAUUCAGCCAAUCAGCACAAUGCCUCAUUAUCAUAGCAGCCUGCCCACUCAGAUCACUUUAUGGAUGAUGAGUUACAGUAGAAGAAGCUGAGAGGCUGCAGAUCCUCUGCUGAAGUUGUGAUGUUUUUUUUUUGUUUGCACCUCAACACUUUGUUCAAAAGACAAAAGCACUAUUUGCACAGGAUUAGUAUAUUAUGUGGGGAUGUUUGAUAAAUCAUCAACUCAUCACUUAUGUCAGUGUUUAGUGUGGCGCCUUUGUAGACAAAGGAAGUCUGCUGACUUGAAUUUUUUAAUAAGAUCACUGAGGUGCUUCACAACUUCCACCUUUUUUCUGUCGGCAAAACUGACCAUUAACUUUACAAUAAAAUACAAAAAACGUACACUGUAAUUCCACAAUUAAAAUUUGAUUUUAAAAAAGAUUUUGCCAAACAACUUAAUUCCACCGUAUGUGGAAUUAACAUGGAACAUACAAUUUCCAUUGUAUGUGUGUGUGUUGCAGAUUGUGUCUCGCUACAGUGUGGUAGUGUUGCUGGAGGUCUUGGAUCGAAGCAACAUGGCCCUGGAAAGAUUCUUGAAGGACCUCAACGACUAUGGGUAACAUUUCUGAAUAUGGACUAAUACAAACUGCAGACAUCAUUACAGAUACACACUUUGUAUACAUCCAGUCUGUGCGCUAAACACAUGAGCACAAGAGGAACAAGGUGACUUAUUUCAGGACCACUUUCAUCAGAGAUAAUUACUUAUUUUUACACAGUAAGUUGUAUUUGCAUGUGACUCUUCUGAGGGAACAGAGGCAGACCCUACGCCAUGAUGAAAAGUGGAUUUCUGGGCCGCAGCUCCUACAGAGAGCAGUUUGUCUUCCUCUACAGGUAUGAAUGUUUCACUCUUUAUGAUAGCAUGAAGAAACAGCCGUUCACAAAGUCAGACUCAGUUUCUAAAUGAACUGUGCUUCAAAAUGUCAUGCUAAUCUAAACAUAAAGGCUUCACUACAUUCAGUGUUUCUGUUUACCAAAUAACCCAACAUCCCCCUACUUUCUUCCAAGUGAGCUCCUUUUUUAUUCCUGUUUCCGAACAACAACAACAACAAAAACCUCAUAAUGCUGAGAUCAAAGCUAGCUCCUGCCUGACUGUCUUUAAAUAGGCUGGCAAUAACAGCCAUUAACUCCCAUCAUUCAACCACCAGUUUUAUGACGGAGUGAUAUCUAGCCUAGAGUAUAAGAUUAUAGAGCUCUCUGUUCAGCAUGGAUCCAUCUAUUGUUAAUUAUGAUAAAUGCGAUAAAUAUUAAUGCAUUUUAUUUAUACAGCCCUUUUCAUGCCCUCAAAGACAUUUUACAAGAAAAAAAAACAUAGCAGUAAAAAGAAAUAUAAAAAAAAAAAAACAAGCACGGCCGUGUCAGACCUUUUUGAAUGAGGAGUCCUGUAUCCAUGCCAUUCAUGAGAAUGAUCUUAUCCGUGUCCAUAGUGAAAACAACAUAACAGUCUAGAUGACAAUUAUCAGACUUGAGGCUAUUUGGCCUGAUUUUAAACAGCCAUUAUGUGUGUGUCAGAUAAAUCCCCAGCUUUACACCAUUUACAAGCCUGUGCGCGCAUAACUGCGCACACAGGAAACACAUUUGGCACAGACACAGCAGAAGAAACAGAGGUGGGGCAGCAGGCAGAUGCAACCGAAAUGGGAUCGUUAACGACCUCUGGCAGAGGAAACACAUUUCCGCCGGCCAGAUCGUUACCCAAAAUAAAUGAAAUGCCACUAAUCGGAUACUGUGGGAGCACGGCAACUUUCACACGUCCCGACGCGAGCGGUGAAUGCAAGUGAAUCAUGUGCAGUGGGGCGUUAAGUUCGCUCAUUUUAAUUCCCCACACUAACAAAUCAGAAAAACACGAAGUUUCAUUUGAGAGUGGCAGAACACUAGCCAGAAUGAACGAAUGAUAGGCGGCUGUAUCUCGGAGAAUAGUUACCGGUACCGGAGAAGAUGAGGAUGAGGAAUGCCUGUAGCCCUGCACAUGGUGGCUGCCAUCUUGGUUCCUCAUAAAGCAGGUGUCAGCCAAUCACUGUCCAGGACGUAGUCCAACCCACCAAUGACCGCACGGCUGUGGCACAUACCUAUUUGCAUAGGAGAUUAAAAGAAAAAAACACAGGGCACACACACACACACACACAGCAGACACUCUACAAAUUAUGACCACAGUCAUAACAGUGUGUGUGUGUGUGUGUGUGUGUGUGUGUGUGUGUGUGUGUGUGUGUGUGUGUGUGUGUGUGUGUGUGUGUGUGUCAGGAAGGAUGAGGCCAGCGUGAUCAAACGCUACCAGUAUGAAGAAAGAGAAGACGAGGACAGGCUGGAGAGAGAGCCCUUCAUCAUCCGGCUCAAGUGUCAAAAUACAGGUUCCACUUACAUUUCUCUUGACUCUGAUUGGUUAGCAACAUUAACCCAUUUAAACCAGGACAGCAUGAAUGCAUUUCAACCCUCCAAGCCAGGAGGCGAUAUUUUUUUUUUGUAAGACGGUAGGGGAAAGUCCCACCUCCUUCACCUCUGAUUGGCUAGAAAAGCUGGAAACGUCAUCACACGCCCAAGCCGAGCAUGGGCUGUCAGCUCUGUACAUUGAACAUAAGAUUACAGAACAUUAUCACACCUCUGAAUCUCUUGACCCUAACCCUCAUCCUAAUCCUAACCCUAACCCUCAUCCUAACCUUAACCCUAACCCUAACCCUAACUCUAAUCCGAUAGAUAAUGACGCAUCACAGCCAUUAGGAAUAACCAGUCAGAGCCCAGCACUUCUAGUCAAUCAGAGACGAAGGAGGGUGGGACCUUCCCCGACUAUCCUACAAAAAAAAAUAAAAAUCGCAGCUGGGAGCGGGGCUGCGCAUUUCUACUUGGAAAGCCGGGAGAAGCAUGUACGCAUUUCAACUUUCCAAGCCGGCGGCGCCGCUGCGCAUUUCUACCUUUUAAACAGGCAGCGCAGAUACGUCAUUUUGUCACGUUCUGUAGUUUUUCAUUAAUUUCUAAAAUCGUGGCGAAUCAAAUCAUCAUUCCCGCCUGCCUCUGAUAGGCUAAUAAAGCUUAAUAAAGCUCGGAUCUUUCUACGUGCUCUACGUGUAGGCCUAUGAAAAAGAUGUUUGGUGGCUACUGCUAUGGCUGGGACCCUAUAUGUACUGUUAAUGAAGUUAGGUGCUGUUCUGAGCAUUAUUUCUGGCUAGAGUGGCUUUUUGGUUGAGCAUGUGGCUCCUGAGACCGCUGUGUAUUGCUAUCAUGCAGUCGUUAAUAAAGUUGGUAUAACUCGAGAAGCAAGCAGUGGGCAACAUUCAUCCCAUGAGGAGGUGUUUAACUUGGUGUUACAUUGUGUUUGGCCCCUAACUUAAUUUACACCGGAAUAUCCCUUUAAGCAUGUAAAUCUUUAGUGCAGCCUGUACUAUUCUGGUUUGAGAAAUGCUGGAAGUUUGAGUUAUUUCUCGUGAACUGUUUUGUUUUUCUAUUUGGAUAAAAGCUUCAUUAUUGUGUUAGGAAUGUCUGUGGAGUUACCACAGGUACUCCUGCGAAUCCCCUCUUUCUGUACUUCUUUUUUCCAAUUCUGUUCAGAUCUCCUCAAACCAGACCUUUUUGUGUUUUCAGUUAUUAAGAACUUGGUGCUGAUCCCGGUCCACACCAAACCCAGUGAUGCUGAGAUAGAGUUGGAUGCUCUGGAUGAAGUGGUUCAAGAUGUGAGGAGGAGAUGGAGAACUAACGUAUGUAGGAAUUAGGGCUGGGUUUCUCAAACUUGUUGGUUGUCUCAGUGGAAUCUAUUGAUGGUGAUGAAGUUUGUUUCUCUGCAGAACAUCAUGAUUUUAGGUGAUUUCAAUGCUGAUGGAACAUUUCUUUCACAAAGAGGAAUGAAAAACGUUCGAAUCCGCUAUCCCCCCUACCACUGGCUGAUCGAUGAUGAUGUGGACACUACAACAAGUGAUACAACUGACCACACCUAUGACAGGUAUUCUGACUCACUGUCAGAUCAUUUAACCGGGAGGAUUAAAUACUUCUUCUCUAAUGCCUCUUUAAUAGCUUUAUAUGGUUUUAAGAUCCAAAAAAGCCCCCCAUUUCUCACUCACCCAGCCUACAUCUAAAAUGCUUUGUUUUAGUUGUUGUCUCUUUACACUUUCUGCUGACAGGAUUGUGGUGUACGGGCGUGACAUGCUCAGGGCUGUGGUGCAAGAUUCAGCCCAGCCUUUCGACUUCCGGAGAGCUUACCACCUUAGUUGGGCUACUGUAAGAUCACUGAAAAGACUUUUUCACACAAAUCGAACACACUGGUUUUUACAGCAACAAUAAAACUAACUGAUUUCCUUUCAGACUCUCAAAGUCAGUGACCAUUACCCAUUACCCGGUGGAGGUGGAGCUUAAGGAAGAUUAACAUCAUACCACAAGUCAUGGUGACUCCAGUAAAGAGGACAGGUAAAUAGAGUGUCUAGUUUUAAAGACGAUAAAGAGGACCGCAUAAGCAGCACCUGUAUGCAUUUUUGUGCUUUAAUAUUGUCAAAGUCUGACUAUUUUGAACAAUUUUUCUGUGUAAAUAAUUGUUAAGUCAUAACUUGGUACACCAUUUGACUUAAAGUUAAGUGAAAACAGCCUUGAAGCAUGAUCUAUAUUAAAAGUUUGAGAAUUAAAAAUUGUGUGUGUGUGUGUCCGUGUGUGUGUGUGUGUGUGUGUGUGUGUGUGUGUGUGUGUGUGUGUGUGUGUGUGCAUUUUUCUCAGGGCUUCGAAAGAGGAAGGACGUCUAGACUCACAGAGCACCACACUGAAGUCAUGACUUAUUAACCCAAAAUAUUUUCAGCUUCAUCUGAUCUGAAAUAAACUGAUAUCGAAAUCCUGAUUGUAGUCCUUUCCUGUUGUAAACAAAAGAAAGGUUUGAAUAAGUCUUAUUUCGUCAUAUUUACUCUACCAAUUCUGAACAAAGGCAAAACAGAGGGAGGAUAGCAGCAAAGCCAACGUAUAAAGCAGGUGAAGCAGAAACAGAGUCAUAAGCCUUUGCAAGGAGAGCAGCAGCGAAGACAAAAGUUCAGGCAGGAUGAGCACUUGCAGACAGUGAGAACACUCAUCAGUGACAUUAUAUAUGACCCUUGUUUAAAAAGCUGUGGUUGAUGGGGAUUGAUCAUUUAGUUUUGUGGAGGAACAGGGAAAAGUUGGCAGGAUUAAGCAGUUGAAGAAAGAUUUCCUUAUUGAAUGAUCUGGGAUAGACUGAGCUGUCAGCUGAUAUGAGCUGGUGAGGUACAAUUACUCUGGGCAACAUUACGUUUAAAAAGCUCAGAGCCUCUGUGGAGCUUCAAUUAGAAUCAAAAAUGAUUUAUUCAUAAAAUGUGUAAGGGAAACAUAAAAUAAAUAAAAUACAUACAGGGUGAAUUACAACAACUAUACCUGAUCUCAGCCCACAGACUCAUAUGCUUCUUUUACACUGUGCAUCAGUUUGGUAACUUCAAGCUAGUAUGAGGAGUUUUUUUGCCCACAGUGAAACAGAAAGACUUCUUUCACUUUUGAUAAAACCUCUCAGCUCUAAUGUUCACAUUUGAUAGAGCUGCAUGUCAUCUGUCAUCUGUGGUGGAGACUCAGCAGAGCUACGUGCACUUACUGAUAAAAGCUGCACAAGUGUGUGUGUGUGUGUGUGUGUGUGUGUGUGUGUGUGUGUGUGUGUGUGUGUGUGUGUGUGUGUGUGUGUGUGUGUGUGUGUGUGUGUGUGCGUGUGUGUGUGUGUAUGUGUGUGUGCGCGCGUCUGUUGUGUGGUUGUGGUUAUCAGAGACACUUGCCUCACAGUUGCUGUUUUUUGAAGAGUCUCAGUCUUAGUUUGUCAGCCAGCGUGAGAAAGUAAGUGACCAGUAAGUUAUUCUUUCCUUUAUUUUCCUCCUUGUCCGUGACUCUCUUAUGAAACCAAAAAAUCUUGUGAUUUUAUUCUGAAGAUGCAAACAUGAAACCAGAGAAAUGAAUUGUUGAUACAGGGUGGUGUUAAAUAGGGAUGAGUGCUAAGUCUGGGGUCUUUACCAAAACCAUUAAGUGUUAUAACAUCAUUGAUUCUCAUGCAAGUCAUAGAUUUCAUUGAUUUGUGGUAUUUACAUAUUUAUUUUCUGCUUAGGUGACAAAAGAAUAAAACAUUUUAGAUAUUUGCAGUUAAAAUGAAGAUAGCAGCUUUCAAUGCGAAGAACCUGGGUUGGAAAAAAGUCACAGAUGAGAUGGUCGUCUACUACCUUACCAAGGUAACUUCUCUCUAUUAUGAUUUUAUCUGAGCAACAGCAAUGAUAAUGACAAUAUAUGAAGCAUUUUAACAACAUGCUGUGUUGCAGAUCAUGUGUCAGUACAGUGUAGUGGUGAUUCUGGAGGUGAUGGAUAAGAGCGGGAAGGCCAUGGAGAAGUUACUUCAGGAGCUCAACGGCACAGCGUGAGUCCUUAGCUCCAGGAAGUUUGUUGGAGAUACCAUUUUCAAAAGAGGGAAGAAACUUUUUAAAGUCUCUUCAACCUUUCCACAUUACCCCCCCUUUAGCAAUCAACCAUUGUUCCUGUUUCACUGUGAAAAGAGGUCCAAAAAGGAAUAAUAAUAAUAAUAAUAAUAAUAAUAAUAAUAAUAAUAAUAAUAAUAAUAAUAAUAAUAAUAAUAAUAAUAAUAAUAAUAAUAAUAUUACAAAAAGCCUUAAUUGUGUUUUCACUCCAAUUAUUAAAUGACUAAAUACUGCAUUAGUCUCAGCUGCUGGUUGAAGAAACAUACAAAAAUUAUAACAUAUUUGACAAAAAACCUCUCAAACCUAUCAACUUAAAUGUUAAUGAUGUUUCUUUGUUAUAGUUCCAGCCAAAACCAUCUUUACUCCAUGACCACCAGCACCCAGCUAGGACGGGACACCUACAAGGAGCAGUAUGUUUGUUUCUACAGGUAAGAGGGUCUCAAGUCCUGGUAAAACAAAAAACAAAAGAAAAAGAAAAACUGAUUGCAGUGCUAUUUUGCAACACAAAGGAAAGAGGAAGGAAAGCAGAUAUGAGCAAUAAAAACCAUAAACGACAGACCUUAGAGCAGAGAUGGACAAAUUACAGGAAACGACCUAAGCUAGUGUGAAAACUUUGCAGACUCUGUUGAUGAUUCUUCUUGAAGGCACCAACAGAGACUGCAGCGAGAAAACAGGCUGAGCAGUCUAUGUUUUCACCAGGCUUGUUUCAUCUAGGCUAAACACCAAUAAAGCAUCACUGUCUGAGUCUGGUACUUUCUCUCAGGAAGGAUGAGGUGACCCUGAAAGCCUGUCACCAGUAUGAGGAUAAUCAAAUUGGAGACGUUGAUGUCUUCGCCAGAGAGCCGUUCAUCCUGCGCUUCAGCUGCCCAACUACAGGUCAGUGCUGCAUGCUGUAGUUUUCUGUCAGUAUGUGACCAUUCCUGCUUCAUGCUUCCUAACAGAGUACUUUCCCCUGUCCUGUUUGUAAAAGAUAAUCGGGCUCAGUAAAGGAGAGGAUUUUCUAGAGGGAAAAUGACUUCUGGUUGCUCUCUGAAUGCCUCUCCAGUAUAAAAACAUGAAAAACAGGCCCUUCCAGUGGAUUUACACUCUAAAAGUACUCUCUGCCUUCAAAAAAUGAAACUUCCAUCUAUUCUGGAUUCAUCACAUCUCAGUGGUUAUGGCUCACAGCUCAUGUAAAUUAAAAUCUCCAAACAUUCGAAAACUACAAAACACCAAAAACAAUAUCAAUAAGACAGAAAUGUCGACCUUGAGGAAAAUGAUGUUAAUUUAUGCUCUCAGGUCUUGGUCAUGUCUCCUUUAACAUGAAUUUCGGCAUCAGUGCUUCGUGUCAUGGAGGUGAUCAGUCUGUAUCUCUGCUGGGGUCUUAUUGAAGUGCAGGUCUCCCUGAUUUCUCCUUCAGCUGGUCUGUGUUGUUGCUCUGGAGUCUCUCAUCGCUCUUGAUGAUACCCCAGAGAUCCUCUAUGGGGUUCAGGUCUGUAGGCUGGCUAAUCAAACACAGUAAUAGUUUUGGUGCUGUGGGCAGGUGCCAGAUCCUUCCUAAAAAAGGAAAUCUGGAUCUCCCUAAAGCUUCUCAGCAGAUGGAAGCAUGAAGGUUUCUAAAACCUCCUGAUAGACUUUAGGCUGUGUUGACUCUGGACUUGAUAAAACACAGUACAGACCAAUAGCAGCAGAUGACAUGGCACCUCAAAUCAUCACAGACUGUGGAAACUUCAACCUUGGAUUCUGGACCACUCUGAUCUUCCCCCAGACUCUGGGACCUUGAUUUACAAAUGAGGUCCUAAAUCCUAGAUCCAUCAAAGAGCAGGACUUUAGACCGCUGGGCAACAGUCCAGAUCUUUUUCUUCUUAGUCCAGGUUAGAUUCUUUCCUUGACCCGUCUCUGUGUAGUGGCUCUUGGUGCUCUGACUCCAGCCUCAGUCUUUGGCUCCCCUAAAUUCUUGAAUCUGCUUUGUUUGAUGAUCUUCUCAAGGCUGGGCCCAUCUCUGUUGCUUGGUCUCACUUUUCCCCAGUUAGAUAACUCUCCAUGAAUCAAGACUGAAAGAACUGACAAGAAACUGAACUUCUUCACUGUAUUCUGAUGUUUUCAGGUUUUUGAUUUUCAUGAGCUGUAAGCUGUGAUCAUCACAGUUCAAACAAAAAGUCUUAAACAUUUGGGGGGGAAAUGAAGGGGUUGGAACCAGUCCUGAUGACACCCGUGCACAUGCGUGAUAAUUUCUGCAUCUGUGAUAUCCAGUUGUGAAAGACUUGGUGCUGAUUCCAGUCCACACCAAGCCUGAGGACUCAGAGAAGGAGCUGGAUGAGCUACAUGAUGUGGUGGAAGCUGUCAGGAAGAAGUGGAGAACAAAUGUAAGUUUGAUUUGAGUCUCGUUUUUCACUUUAUAAUAACCUUGUUGGUUUAGGACACCUGCUGGAGGCUCCUCCUCCUCAACAUAAUCUCUGUAAGUAAACGGUCAAAAUGGUCUAUCUAUAGCUAUAUAUUUUUAUCCUUAAUGUAAUCCAGGGUUAGAAUAGUUUAAAAAUGAUCAAACAUUGAAACAUUCAGCUGACCUUUGUUUUCUUUUCUGCAGAAAAUUAUGAUCUUAGGUGACUUUAACGCAGAUGGACGUUAUCUGUCCAAUAAGAAGAAGAAAAAGAUUCGGAUCCACUCGUCUCCUUACCAUUGGCUGAUACAUGAUGACAUCGACACAACAGCCAGUAACUGUAAUGACCACACCUAUGACAGGUCUGUCACAUCACAUCAGGACAGCUGGAGUUUUCUUUGAUUCAGAGUAGUUUUAUAAAGACUGCGAUAUAUUUUACACCGACAGGAUUGUGGUCUUCGGACAGACAAUGUUGAAAGCUGUCGUCCCUGGUUCUGCAAAAUCCUUCAACUUUCAGAAAGAGUUCAAUCUGACUGAUGAGGAGGUGAGACUCGUGUUUGGGUUCACCAGUACAUCUUACACCUUUCAAACAGGAGCAGCAGUGUCAUUGUUAAAAUAUGGCUUUAUUUUAUCCCCCAGACUCUCAGUAUCAGUGAUCAUUACCCUGUGAGGUGGAGCAGAGAAUAGGAACAGCUCAGCCGAGAACAUCAAAAACACCAACCAAGAAGAGGAAAACAAAUAAAGGUUUGUUUAUAAUCUUGUUCAAUUCUUAUCGGUUUCAAACUGAGAUUUCUGCCUCUGAGAAAAGUCGAUGUGAAAUCUUUCAUCCCUUUUUUAAUCUGUAAAAUGUGCGGUAAAAGCUGUUUAAAUGUUAACAAUCCAAAACCAAGAAAAAUGAUCCACAAUUUCAAGAUUUCAUCUGCUCAGCAGUAAACACUCUGGAUUUACAUGAAGGCAGAUGGAUUUGGUUUAACCAUGACAUUUUCUGUUUCAGCUACUUACCUCAGUUUGUCUGUUUUCAUGUGAAUGAAACAUGCACAGGACCCAAGAAGAAUAAGAAAAAGAAGGAGAAAGAGCGAGAUGGGAAACAGAAGAAGGGUAAGGCGACAAAAAGAACAAGUGGAGAGUCAUCGCAGACACUUACAAAGAGGAGACGUUUGGACAAAUGA